AUGAAUGAAAUUAUCAAUAGCGAUUAUAUAGGUUGUAUUUUAAAAGCACCACCACCAUCUGAUACAAGAAUACCCUAUUGUUUGGCAUUAGUCACAAAUAAAAAACCAAUAUCAUCAACUUCAUCAUCAUCAUCAUCGUCAUCUUCUUUAUCAUUUAAAACCAAAACAACAUCAUCAUCACCAACAAAAAUAACUACACAACCAAUUAAAACAGAUCCAUUGACAACACCAACAAAAUUAACAUCUCAACCAUCGAUUUUAUUGAAACAACAAGAUCCAAUUAAACAAGCCAUAGUUUCACAUUGUAAAUUUUUAACAUCAUUAUAUAAAACCAAUAAAAUCAAUAAGACAGAAUUACUCCAACAGUUGAAUAUAUUAUUUGAUAAGAUAUGGGUGGAUUACAAUCUAGGUAUUAUUGAAAAAGUACCAAUUGAAAAGAUAACUCCUUUACCAAAGAAUUUUGAUAUUCCAAAGUUUUUAAAUGAUUCUAAAACUUUAUUAUAUCUUUUAAAAAAUCCACAAUAUCUCUAUACCCUAUAUAGCAGUAGUUUUAAUAAUUCUUAUAAAGAUCCAACUCCAAUAAUUAUUAAUGAUAAUAAUAGUAGUAAUAAUAAUAGUAAUAAUAAUAAUAGUAAUAAUAAUAUUAAUAAUAAUAUUAAUAUUAAUAAUGAUAAUAAAAAUAAUGUAAAUAAUAUAAAUAAUACGAAUAAUGUUGAUGGUAAUUGUAAAUGUAUAAUAAAUAAUAAAAGAAAAAGGAUUUAA